AUGGUCUCUGCAAAGCAACUAGCAUUGGCUGCGGCCAUGCUGUCUGUUUGUGGACUGAGCUAUGCGGAGAGUAACAUUACCUCCGAUACUUAUUUCUAUGGCCAGUCUGAGCCUGUAUACCCCUCGCCCAAUGCUACCGGUUCUGGUGAAUGGGCCAAGGCCUAUGAGAAGGCCGCUGCCAUGGUCUCCAAGAUGACUUUGGAAGAGAAGAACAACCUCACGUAUGGUAUCAGUAGCACUGCGAAUGGAUGCUCUGGAAACAUUCCGGCUAUUCCUCGUUUGGGAUUCACAGGUCUUUGUCUUCAAGAUGCAGGACAAGGUGUCCGCAAUACCGAUGCUGUUAACAGUUACCCGAGUGGUAUUCACGUCGGCGCUAGCUGGAACAGGACUCUUGCCUACGAGCGAGGCUGGCAUAUGGGUGGGGAGUUCAGAAAGAAGGGUGUCCAGGUAGCAUUGGGCCCAGUCGUUGGCCCACUGGGAAGAACUACUACCGGUGGCAGAAACUGGGAAGGUCCCUCCAACGAUCCCUACCUCGGUGGUGCGCUCGCCGCCUCAACCGUCCAAGGAACACAAGAGCAAGGUGUUAUCACAAGUGUCAAGCACUUCAUCGCCAACGAGCAAGAGCUUUACCGCAACCCUACCACAAACUCCGAUAACCAGACUGUCGAGUCCAUUUCCAGCAACAUUGAUGAUAAGACCAUGCACGAGCUGUAUAUGUGGCCUUUCCAAGAUGCCCUCAAGGCAGGUGCUGGAAACAUCAUGUGUUCCUACAACCGAGUGAACAACUCUUAUGCUUGCCAGAACAGCAAGGCUUUAAACGGACUGUUGAAGACCGAGUUGGGCUUCCAGGGCUUCGUCGUGACCGAUUGGGACGCACAGCACUCCGGUGUGGCUGCAGCCCUCGCUGGUCUUGAUAUGGCCAUGCCCGACGGUCAAUCCUUCUGGGGAAACAACUUUACAGAGGCUUUCACCAACGGUAGUGUCCCCGUGUCUCGUCUGGACGAUAUGGCUACUCGUAUCAUUGCAACUUGGUACCAGAUGGGACAAGAUGACUCGAGCUAUCCCGCCCCUGGUGUUGGCAUGCCGUACAACAUCAGCGAGCCUCAUACUAUUGUGAAUGCUCUCACUGCUGAUGCCAAGCCCGUUUUGUAUGAGGGAGCCGUGGAAGGCCAUGUUCUGGUCAAGAACGUCAACAAUGCUCUCCCCCUCCAGUCUCCCAAAUUGGUUUCAGUCUUUGGCUGGGAUGCUAAGGCCCCUGAUACCAUGAUGCCGAAUGGAGAGUUCUUCAUUUACAACCCCUGGACUUUGGGCUUGGAGCCCGCGAUCUACCAGACCGGCGACGUUUUCUUGAACUCCGGCCUUGACGUGCCUGACUACUACCAGGUUGCAUUCAAUGGAACCCUCUCGGUUGGUGGUGGCAGUGGUGCAAGCACUGGCCCUUACCUGAGUGCACCCCUCGAUGCUCUCCAACAGCGGGCGUAUGAGGAUAACUCCCUGCUGAUGUGGGAUACCUCUGUGUUGCCCUCUUCCCGUGGUCUGAUGGAGGCUUCUGAUGCAUGCUUGGUCUUUCUUAACGCCUUCGCUACAGAGAGCAUGGACCGUCCCGGUCUGCGUGAGGACUAUUCAGACGGCCUAGUGAAGCAAGUCGCAUCAACUUGCGCUAACACCAUCGUUGUCAUUCACAAUGCCGGAACUCGCCUCGUCGACCAAUUCGCUGACCACGAGAACGUCACCGCAAUUGUCUUUGCCCACCUUCCCGGUCAAGAAUCUGGCCGUGCUAUCGUGAACCUGCUUUACGGUGACGAGAACUUCAGCGGCAAGCUUCCCUACACCGUUGCUAAGAACGAAUCCGACUACGCGACUUUGUUCCACUCUGGAGCAGUUACCCCUUACGGCCUCUUCCCCCAGGCGGACUUUGACGAGGGUAUCCUCACUGACUACCGUUACUUCGACAAGCACGGUAUCACCCCUCGCUACGAGUUCGGCUUUGGUCUCUCGUACACCACCUUCUCCUUCUCCGACCUCAAGGUCUCCGCCCCCAAGAAGAACAUCGCCGCUUACCCCAGCGGAGCCAUCGAGCAAGGUGGUGCAGUUGACCUGUGGGAAACUGUUGCGACUGUCACUGCCAAGGUCCGCAACACUGGCCGUAAGUCCGGUGCCGAAGUCGCUCAGAUCUACAUCGGCAUCCCUGGAGGCCCUAUCAAGCAACUCCGAGGCUUUGAGAAGGUCCUGAUCCCCGCUGGCAAGUCUGUCAAGGUGACCUUCCCCUUGGCUCGUCGUGAUUUGAGUACUUGGGAUGUCGUUGCCCAGAAGUGGUUGCUCCAGAGUGGAACCUAUAACAUCUAUGUUGGUUCUUCCAGCAAGGAUCUUCCUCUGACUGCGACCAUGCAGGUCACUAGCUCUUGA